AUGAACAAUAGCUUUGGGUCCGAUAGCGGCUUGCCUCAAACCAUGUCAUGGGUGGAUCUAGACAGUGCAACCAAAGACCACAAUGUCGAUUUUUCGAUUUACAACUCCCUUGAUGGAAGCUUAACUACUCAGUCUUCGGAAAUUAGCACCAAUUUCUAUGAAGAUAGUGGCUACGCCGACGUCGAAGGAUGCUUUUCCGACAUUCUUCAGAACCAGACUGCCCCCUACGAGCGGUAUUUUGAGACAGUCCCCGAGACAACUUCAGCGACUGGUACCUCCGCCACGACACAAUACACUGAGCUACUCUCAAUAGCAAGCCUUUCACAACCACCUUCAACACCUGAAGCCAGAGUUUACGCAUGCGACAAACCAAACUGCCGUUAUCCGCUACUAAAAGACAAAGCGGGACUUACACGGCACACUCGAGAAGUGCAUGGUUCGAAAGACAUUAGCAGAAGAUUCAAGUGUCCACUGAAGUCUUGCACACGAAACGAUAAAGGAUUUGCAAGGAGAUAUAAUCUUACGGAGCACCUUCGACGAUGUCAUGGCAUGGACCAUGAUACAAUUGUCACAGUAAAGAAAGGUUUGAAAAGGAUUGUAGAUGAUCAUGGGGUUGAUUAUGACAAGCGUUUGUCUUCGCUUGACACAUCUGACGGUUCUCGCGCAGAGUUUGAUACGACUCCGCAAUUCACGAUGUGA